AUGCUUCCACAAGAUGAAAUGGUUGAUGAUGAUCAAGAAGAUAUCAAAUCUCCAGUCAUCAACCAUGACGAUCCAUAUGAAGAAGAAGAAGGAGAAUAUUAUGAUGAUUUUUAUGCCAACGUUUCUCAUGUUGCAGAGGGUAGUCAAAGCAAAUCCGAAAGCCUCUACAAACCCAUCUCGUUUGUCUCUAAAAAACAAGAGGGACAAUCGUCUAAAAACAACACAUUUAUGGAUUAUGAAAAAGAUGAUGAUGAAAUUAUUAUUGAAGAUGAACAUUUAAUUGAUGAAACCAUGAACAUGACUCCUGAAAAAGUUGUUGAAGCCUCUCAUCAACAACAGAAAUUUACAAUUAUUCAACCAAAAAAGACACAACAACAAUUAGUAGAGAAAGAAAUUCAAUCGACUAAAACUCAUGAAAAACCAACAGCUAAGCGAGAUCAAGAUUUUGGUCAUUUCAUUGAAGGAAAAGUUGGAUCCAAUGUAUUGCGAAUGAUGUAUAAAAUGGGUUGGCAAGACGACAAAGGUUUAGGUCCAACCAAUUCGGGUAUUAUUAAUCCGAUCAAGGUUGUACAAACAUCGAGAAACCAAGCAAUCAUCAUUACAGAUGAACAUGUACAGAAAACAAACAUGAAAGAAGAGGAAGAAGAGGCCAAGAAACGUCAACAACAGCAACAAGAAGAAGUUCCAACUCAAAAGAAAGGUUGGAAAAAAAAACAUGCCGCCAAAAAGAAGGUUCCAUUCAAGUCAGUGGAGCAAUUGUUAAAAGAAGCUCCAUCGAUUCAAGGAUUCAAAUCUUCUCAACCCUAUGAAAUUAUUGACAUGACAGGACCAACCGCUCGAGUUGUAAGCAAGUUAAGUGAGAUUUCUUCAUCACGAGAAAAACAAUCCAUUACCAUUCCAGAGUUGCAAUUUAAUGUCAAAGAAAUUAUCAGGCAAACAGAAACGUCGAUUCGAGAAACUCAUGAAAAAAUUAAAUUCGAGAAGGAGAAAUUUGAUAAAUUGUACAAAGAAAAAGAAAAAUAUGAAGAAGAGUCAAGAAGAGAAAAGAAGAAAAUUGAUGUAUAUAAUCUAGUCUUUCCAAUUCUUGCUCAUUGCAAUCAAAAGGUUAAAGAAUCAAAACUUUCAAUUGCAGGUGUACAUCAAGUGUUCAGCCAACUCAAACAACAGCAUCCAGAUAUAUUUGAAGAAUUCCAUUUUUCGAAUUACACGCUUGCGUUAAUUCAACCAAUUUUAACAGAGCUUUUCAAAAAUUGGAAUCCUUUAACCAUCGAUCACGAACCAUAUAUUGAUUUACUACUUCCAUGGAGAAGUCUUUUCCAAAAGAAAGUUGUUAAGGAUCAACACGUUGAAAUCAUUGAAGACGAAUAUGAAAAACUUUUACAAGAUAUUCUACUUCCACCCAUUCGGAAAUCAAUUUCUACUGAAUGGAAUCCAAAAGAGGAAUGUGAAAAUGUCAUUAUUUUCAUUGAGAAAUUUGUUGAAAAAGUUUGUACACAUGGAAUGAAAGAGUAUAUUACAGAAAAGUUGAUCAUUCCAAAAAUUAAGCAAUGGGUUCAAAAUGAAUGGAAUCCAAAGAAAGAUACGAUACCUAUUCACAGUUGGAUUCAUCCAUGGUUUUCACAUAUAUCAAUUAAGAUGUUUGAAACCCAUGGAAUUAUUAAUCUUAUCAAAAACAAAUUAGAAACCAUUCUUCUCAGAGAUUGGAACGAUAUCAACGACCAAAGAGCCUAUGAAACGUUGGAACCAUGGAAAGAUGUUUUUGCUGAUUAUUACAAGUUUUUGGUCAAAACAGUCACACCUCAAAUUGUCAAAACCAUUCAGAAAAUUAACAUUUCUCUCGACGUUCAAGUGAAUGAACAAACUCGAAACAUACUAUCCACUGUCAUGCAUUGGUACAAUCUCAUUCCAGAAUUUAUUGUGGCAAUAUUAGAGACCCAUUUCUUUCCAAAGUGGUGGAAAGCAUUAUACAACUGGCUUUGUGAUCCUUCUUGCUCUUUUACUCAAGUCAAUGAGUGGUAUCAAAACUGGAAAGAAGAAUUUGAAGUUGUGGACGGAGAUAAAACAAUUCAGCAAUGUCUUAAAAGAGGUUUGGAUAUGAUUUAUCAAGCUCUUUCCAAUAAGGAGAUUCAACCAACCCACAAGCUUCCUCUGCCAUCUCAAGAAUUAGAAACUCUUGAAAGCACACAACGAGCAUCCAAAUCCCACAAACAACCACCAAGAACACAAAGACCUGAAAAAACGUUCAAGGAGCUUAUUGAAGAUUUUGCAGAAGAAAAUAAUUUACCUUUUAUUAUCAAACACGGACAAUAUCACGAUGGAAAACAAUUGUACAACUUUAAUGGAAUAUCCACCUAUCUUGAAAACGACUGUCUUCAUGUGAAACUGCCAGCAACAAGCAUAUGGAAGCCAGUCACGCUAAGUGAAUUUGUAGAGCUAUCUUCUAAGAAGAAAGAACGAUAA